GCCUCAAACACAAAAAAGAAAAAGAAACCUCGUUUCCGUUAUGGCUGCCAGCAGAUUAGCGUGUUUUGGGUUGAAUACCCUUUAUUCUACUAUUUGUGCACCUAAACAGGCACUGAGGAGCUGCUGGGGAGCAGUGGAGCAAGUGAGAGGUUACUAUGUUGACUGGAGGAUGCUAAGGGAUGUCAAGAGAAGGCAGAUGGCAUUUGACUAYGCAGAUCAGAGGUUACGGAUUAAUGCACUCAGGAAGAACACCAUCCUUCCCAAAAAUCUUCAGGCGAUAGCAGACAAAGAGAUUGCAGCACUGCCCAGAGACAGUUGUCCUGUGAGGAUACGGAACAGGUGUGUGAUGACUUCCCGACCUCGAGGAGUGAAGAAGAGAUGGAGGUUGAGCCGUAUCGUCUUCCGGCACUUAGCUGACCACAAUCAGCUAUCUGGGAUCCUGAGGGCCAGGUGGUGACCUUGUUGGAUACCAUCAGACUGCCUCCUGGCAGGAUGUUGAACUGGUCGUAAGCAGUAGGCCAAAACAUCAGCGUUUCAGUCUUCUGGAUGUUUAUGCGUUGUCCAGUUUAUUUUUAUUUUUUAUUUUUUCCUUGUUGCAAAUAAAAAGAAAGCAAAUAAAAUGUCAAUGAUCCCAGAAGUGCAACUGUCAAUCUCACCCACUGUGCACAGAAAUAAUUAACAAAUAUUGCUUCUUUUUUUUUGUCAAGUCAACAAUUUUUCCAACAGAACAUAUUUACUUGUUAAAUCAAAAUAAGUUAAGUAGUUGUAGCCACUUAUAGCUACGUUUUGUGUCAUGUAUUUUGGCAUUAGUUUGAUUUAAUUGCCUGUUAGGGAUUGUGUGCUUUAUGACAACAGUAUAACUUUUGUUCUUGUGAUCGAAAAGAAGAGGCUAUAAAAACAAUGCAUCCAUGCACACAACAUGUUUGUAGUGGCAAUUUUCUUUCAAGUUCAGUUAUUUUAAAGGCCAAUGUAGUUUGUUUUCACUGGAGGCAAAAUAAGUCCAUUGUCCAAAACCAUGCAGAAUUUUUUUUCUUUAA